CAUUUCGUCAAGAUUCAAUUUCAUUCGCUCAGCUUAUAAUCACUGUUGCUGCUGCGAUUUCAGCUUUUAAGUUUGCAUUUUUUUCUCUCAUUUGUGAAUCGAUUACGUUGUUUUUUUGAAACUAAUUUCUAAUCAACAAUCAAUUGUUUGACACCGCAAAGCAAUCAUACUUAUCAUUUAUCACUUGUUUGCACUUUGUCCUUACCCAGUUCACCAAUGAUUUUUGAUAAUUAAUCCACACCGUAAUUAAUCGUCUCCUCCUUUCCCUCUCAUAACAAACAGUCUCAUCCAAUCUACUCAUUUACUUGCAUUACAUUGUGAGUUGACCGUUUUUUAAUUGUUUGAAUGUUUAAAUUUAAAAAUGUUCACCAUUGGCAACGAGUUAAAUCGUCUUCUCAGUUGAUUGUGCACACAUUGAGGAUAUUAUGAUCUCCAUUGGAUCCCGUUGCCUUGCUUGUCAAUAUUUGUGUCAAUUUUUGUAUUAAAGUGCCAAGUGAUUGUCAAAUGGACAUUCCAAGUUAAACAAUAAUGGAAUAAUUGUGACCACAUCUUGGAUUUCCAAGGCCUUUGAUUGCUGUUCAUCCAAAUGAUUGUAUAGUUGCUUGAUUCCUCCAACUUGACUCCUUUUUUUAUACCAUAUUUAAUUACACACCGUCCAAUCCGGAAUAAUUGCCGUUGAAGCCUUGCUUCUGUUUAACCAUCGCCAUGUCUAGUUUAAGUUAUCGUAAAUCAUAUCAAGUUAAUGAUAAAGGUUUUGAUUGUCACCAAUAUUGUAUGUCCUUGCCUGACUUACGCUACAAUGGUAAACGCAAGCGAAAAUCUCUCUCAUUCAUGUUCCGUAAUUUGAUCAGCUCAUCGCGAAGACAACUGUCAACCUCUGGCCACAUUUACAGGCAAAUUGAAUGGAAAGUAUUUGUGUUUACAGUUAUCCUGCCAAAUGGAUCCAAACAAAAGCUGGUGGGUCAAUGUGAUGAAACAAUUCGUGAUCUUGUAACACCAUUGAUUGAUAAAUCUGGUGUUAAUCAACCUUGCCUUAGAUGGAUCAAGAAUGAUGCUUUAAUUGACAUUGAUGCAAAAGCCUAUCAUUUGGAAAAUGAAGAGAUCAAAUUGAGUGAAGCUUUGAUUAACAAAACUUUAGGUCAAGAUACUCGAUACGGAAUUUUGGAGGAAAUUUAUUUAACUGAAGUUGAUUAUCAAAUUACUUUACAGAGUCUUAAACAAGUUUAUGUUCAACCUUUAAGAGAUUCAACUUACCUCAAUGAUAAUGAUUUAAAGAUACUUUUCAAUUGGAUUGAACCAAUAUUAUCAUUAAGCAGGCAACUUCAAUCUGAAAUCAAAGCUAUUCUAAAAGGCUGGGAAACUCACAAGAUAAUCAAUGGUAAUUUAUUUUCAAAUCAACUUUGGUCCGAGUAUAACAAGUACAUCAAAUCGUUUGAAAUAAUUUGCAGUUAUUUCGAGACUAAAUGUGAAGAAAUUGAUUUGAUUAACUUAUGUCGAACCUUUCAAGGACCUGUUUUACACACAAUCGACCAUCUUUUUCAUCUACCGUUGGAUCGCAUGUCACAGUAUGACAAAUAUCUUGGUCAAAUGUGUUCAUCAUCAAACCCACAAAGCCCGGACCACAUGGAUCUCUGCCAAUGGAAGGAAGAAAGUAGGAAUAUUUUGAAAGAAAGUUACUCGUUUCUGUUGCGAAGGAAAAUGUACAAAUGUGCACAUAACAUCAUCAAUUGUAAUUACAAGAACAACAACUCCAUCAAUAUCAUCAAGUUUAAUAUUAACCACAACAACAACAACAACCUUAAUAAUAAUAAUUUUCACAAUAAUAAUAGCAUAGUUAACAAUAUUGAUUCACCAAAAAUUGUGAAAAAAAGUCGGCGUAAAACAAUAAACUGGCCUUUUCGGAAAAGUUCUAGUACCAAGUGCAUUUAUACAACCGUUGAUGGUUCAACAAGCCCGAUAAGUCUGGCAUCCAAUUGUAAUAUUUCAUCUUCAUCUCUAUCUCCGUCCUCUACUUCAUCUUCAUCCUCUUCUUCCUCAUCAUCAUCUUCAACGUCUUCCUCUUCAUCUUCAUCACCAACCUCUUCGUAUUAUUCAUCCUUAUCGACUUCAGAGAUUUCACUGAGAAAACUGUGUGGUCCCGAGAUGAGUGUAUUGUGUAAAGAUCAAAUCACCCUGAUUCCACCGUUAAUUAAUCUUCUUAAACAACUUUACAUUAAAGGACCUUCCACUGUGGGCAUUUUCCGUAAAUCGGCCAACACACGGAUUUGUCGUGAGCUUAAAAUGAAACUGGAAGAAAAUCCCGAGAUGGAUUUAGAUGAUUACCCGGUUACUGCCAUUGCUUCCGUCUUUAAGGAACUCAUUCGUUGUCUUCCGGAUGGUUUGUUAGAGAAAAAGUAUCUCGACGAUUGGAUGGCUGUCAUUACAAAUAGUGCCACCGAAAUGGAAAAAAGUAAAAGAAUCAAACAGUUGUUGGAUAAAUUGAAGCCUGCCAAUUUAAUUUUGUUAAAAUACUUUAUCAGUGUUUUAUGGCAUAUUGCUCAACAAUCUGAUGAAAAUAUGAUGAGCUCCAAUAAUUUAGCUGUUUGCAUAGCACCCAGUCUAUUAACCGAUGAUAGUCAAGUCUCCGUAAAACGAUGUGAGGUAAUUUCUAAAUUAGUUCCAAAUUUGAUCGCCUAUUUAAUUGACCAUGCUCUUGAGUUGUUUGGGCCAUCCAUAACUACUCUAUUCUGUCCAUUGUCCAAUACACCUCCGGUAUCAACUUUGGACGUGAACAAGCAAGACUAUGACGAUGAUCCUGAUGAUCAAAGCUUUAGACGUAUCAUGGGACCUGGACAUAAUGAACAAUAUGAUGGUGUUUUUAGGGUCAAUUUUGUGAUCUGUAUCUAACCAAACUGUAAACGAAAAUUAAUUCAAAUAAUAAUCAUCUAUAAAAUACAAUUUCUUGCCAAGUCAAUGAUUUUUAUAUAACCUUCAAUGGUCACCUCUCCAAUUAUUUGUCAACCCACAUUUGACAAUGAUCAAGAUGGUUGUAUGAUGGUUAUGUUUGUUAAUUUUUUUUAUUGGUUUUUAUUUAUUAAUGUUAUGUUUUUCAUCAUCAGUUUACUUUAUUGUUCAGUUGAAAUGGUUGUUGCAGUAGCUAUUGAUGAACUUGAUGUGGCUACUCGUUGCAAUGGACAUGAAAUUAAAUUACGAAGAUUGGCCCAUUUAAAGUCAGUAAAUGCGAUCAAUAUGUAAAACCCUUGGAGACUGUUAAAGACAAUGAAAAGUGACCAAAGGAAUGAAUUGUUAGCAUAAGCUGCGACAAAGCCAAAUAUCCAUGUUAAACCCAUAAUCAGGAAUAAUUUUGUAUAAAUGAUGAACGUUUUACGUCUGAUAGCGACAUUUUCACGAGCCAAUUUACCAAUUUUGGAUAUUUUGUUGAUUCGAGUUGCAGUGAAAGCAAAGAAAACUGUUGAAACAAAAGCAAAAGGAAAACAUUGGAAUCAAAGUUAUUCAUCUGUAUUUAAAUUUUACCAAUAUGUUUUUAUUUCACUCCUGAGAGUGAACCUUAACUGACUCUUCACAGCUCAAGAAUACAAGACUUGUUCAGACUUGAAGCCAAUAAAAUUGUGACUUGAACACUUUUAAACCUGGAA